AGAACACUGACAACAACACAAUUCGUAGUUGUCAAUGAACACCAGCUGUUGUUUGUUUGAUUGUAGUAAAGAAACUUACGACAAACAACAUUUAGUAUUACAAUUUGUGAAAUAAAAUUAAUAAUUUCUUAAUAAUGGAUAAACCAACAAUGCGGAUAGAUUGGUUUGAUGGUACCGUAGUAGAAGAUUCCAGAUCAAUAGCAACAACGUCGCAAUUUGCUGACGAGGAAGAAGACAUAGAUGUUGCAAAAAAACCUACACAUAAACAAACAAACACAGAAAAGAAACCAAUUGGCUUCAAAAGGCUACUCGAUAUAUCAUUAUUGAAACCACCCAUUUUAACAUUAGAAGUCUCUCAUAGACCUGGUUUUUGGAAUCUUCUAGACGAGGAAGAGCUAAAGGGCGAUUUUAUAGUUUUAAUCGUAAAAAUAUUGGCUUCCAUUUACAAAUCUUUGAGAAGUGGCGAGAAUAGUAAAAUUGUUACAAUGCUCAGGACACGAUUGAGAAAUUCGAAGUUUUUAUUGAAUUUGAAAAACUACAUCACUGAUCUACCAGCUGUUCGUAUAGUAGAAAAGAGAUUGAAUACACACAUGUGGGAUGAUGCCGAGGGAUUUUUUAUUGAAAUGGUUGAAUUGUGUGAAGGAAUCCUUAAUUUUGGUGGGAACAGUGAAGAAUAUUUACAAAACAUUUUUGAGUUGUUAGAAGCUACUGAAAUUAGUGCUUUAGGAGUUAUGGAAGAGCAUUCUGAAAGGUUUAGUAAUGAACUGUUUGACAGAAUCGAAAAAAUUAAGAUAAGGUUUGCUGAAGAACUUAGUUCAAAGGGUCAGACUAUAACAAAUGAGACAAGGAUAAAUGAAGACCCGAACAGUUUCAGAAAUCUAAACAUAUUCCCGACUCAACGAGACCUACUGAGCACUGAUCAUAUUAAUUUAAAACCUAACAUAAUCAACGGAGCGUACCCAAAUGUGGAGCAUUAUCUGGAUGUUCAGUUCAAAUUGUUAAGGGAAGAUUACUUUGGACCUUUAAGAGAUGGAAUAAGUAAAUAUAUGGAAAAUCCUUCUAAAAGAAAACACGAAAAUAUCAGAAUACAUCCAAAAGUUCGUAUAAUCCGUAACUAUGUGACAAACAACAAAAUAGGGUACCUAGUCGAUAUAGCAUGGAAUGAGCGAUACAACCAAAGUACAAUCAACAACACAACACUAAAGUACACCAAGCAACUGAUGUUUGGGUCACUUUUACUGUUCACAAAUGAUAAUUUUGAAACGAUAUUGUGCGCAACUGUACUGGACUCUAGUUAUAGUUUAUUGGCUGAAGGCUAUAUUGCUGUAGCCUUUCAAAAUCCAGUAUCCAAUAAAAUAUUCUCAGAAGCAUAUUUAAUGGUUGAAAGCGAAGUAUUUUUUGAGCCUUACCAUAGAGUGCUUAAAGUUUUACAAAAUUCAAGACCUGACGAGCUUCCCAUGAAGAAAUACAUUGUGGAUGUGGACAAUGAAACUCAACCACCAAGAUAUUUGAACUCUGAUACGCGAUACGCCAUAACCGAACCAGGGUGUACUGAAGAAAUACAAUUCCCAGUCUUGCGACCAGACCUAUGGCCAGAUGAAUCAAUAGGCCUAGACGAAUCUCAGUUAAAUGCAUACAAAUUCGCUUUGACCAAAGAGUUCGCCGUCAUCCAAGGUCCUCCUGGUACCGGAAAAACGUUUUUAGGGGUCAAAAUUGCUUCAACGCUACUCAGAAAUUUAUCCCUAGAAGGCACACCGAUGUUGAUUAUUUGUUAUACAAAUCACGCCCUUGAUCAAUUCUUGGAGGGAUUGCUCUCUGUGACCCAAAGUAUAGUCAGAUUAGGAAGCCAAAGUAAAAGUAAGGUUUUGGAGCGGUAUAGCUUACACAACGCCAGGAUGGGGGUCAAAUCUAAGUAUUCAUAUUUGUAUGGGACUAAGAGGGCGGAAAUAGAAAGGGUUUUUAAAGAAAUGUGUGAAGUUCAGAGCGAGAUUGAGUUAUGCGAAAGAGAGGUGCUCUCAUAUAAAUGCAUUAGACCAUUCCUGAAGAUUGAUGGUAAGAGUUAUGAAUUGAAGAGUUCAAAAGGUGAUUCCGUAUUGGAUUGGCUGUUUGGUUGUGACAAUGGAGCUUUUGAACCGGACACAAGUGACGAUUGGGAAAAUUUAGACGAAUCUAGCACAGAUAUACUAGAAAGUGUAUUUUCAGAACAUUAUGCUUUAAAGGAAAUAGAUUCAAUGUUAAACAGCAUAAAAUAUGUUCAAGAUAUAACUGAUGAUGCAGAGGAAAGAAAGCAAAUGGUGGAUAAGUUUAAAGCACAGAUUGAUAAAGUUAAAAGUCGAUUGGAUUGUUUUAAGAAAUACCGUACUCUAUACCAGAUUUACAAUGAACCAAAAUUAACCAUAGACAAAGUUGAAGAUCUAUACUGUUUGAAAUUAGAACAAAGAUGGCAACUUUAUUACAAAACAGUUGGAUGUGUUAAAAGUAACUUACUGUCGAAAAUGAAUACGCUUUUGGAAAAGCACAAGACGUUGAAUCAGGAGUUGGAACAGGUGACGACGUUGACUGAUGCCGCCGUAAUGGAGAAGGUCCGGGUGGUGGGCGCGACCACCAGCGCGGCGGCCCGGAGACGCGACCUGCUGACCACGCUGCGCCAGUCCGUAGUGAUAAUUGAAGAAGCAGCCGAAGUCUUAGAGGCUCACAUCGUCGCUUCUCUGACCAACGACUGUCAGCACCUGAUACUGAUAGGUGACCACAAGCAACUUCGUCCUACGGCCGCUAACUAUAUCCUAGCGAAGCGAUACAACCUGGAGGUAUCUCUGUUCGAACGAAUGAUUAGGAACGGUGUACACGCUCGAGUGCUCACAGUGCAGCGCCGCAUGAGGCCGCGUGUCGCCGAGCUGCUGGUGCCGACCGUGUACCCUGCCCUAGACUCGCACCCGGACGUGUACAACUACCCGGACGUCAGGGGGAUGGCCGAUAAUCUAUACUUCUUCACCCACGAAGUCCUAGAAGAUACCGAGGGUUUGGAAGGGAGCUGGAGUCACCGAAAUACCUUUGAAGCCAGAUGGUGCGUGGUCUUGGCGAAUUAUUUACGACAAAUGAAAUAUUUGGCUCACGAAGUGACUAUACUGUCUACUUAUAUGGAACAAGUGUCAUUAAUAAAGCAGUUGAGCUUAAAGUACAAUUCGCUACGCGAUAUAAAGAUAACGGCCGUCGAUAAUUACCAAGGCGAAGAGAGCAGGAUAGUGAUAUUGUCUCUUGUGAGGAGUAACAAGGACGGCAAGAUUGGCUUCCUGAAUGCCACCAAUAGGAUCUGCGUGGCUCUAUCUAGAGCUAGAGAAGGUUUCUACAUAUUUGGCAAUAUGAAUUUAUUAAAGACUGCGAAUAAUGUGUGGAGCUCGAUCAAUGAAAAGCUGAUAAAACAAAACGCUAUCGGCAAUAAAUUAACAUUGGUGUGUAAACAUCAUGCGAAACGUUUGGAAGUGAGGACCGUGAACGAAUUUGAAAAAUACAUUUCUGGAACGUGCCCGAUGAAUUGUGGAAAGAAAUAAAAACGCCUUCAAGUCUGUUGUAACAUCAUAUGUUUAUUUUUGUGAAAUUUUACAAAUAAAUUAAUGAAAAAAUAAAUUAAUUACAAAUAAUAAAUAGUGUAACUAAAA